AUGGCUGUUAACAAUCUCCAAUUUGCGCAACGAAUAGAUUCCAGUAUUCAGACUUUACAGACACAGAUUGGACAGCUUGCCACUUCGAUGAAUGCCAUGCAGCAAGCCCAAGGAUCAAACCAACUUCCUGCCCAAACUAUUAUGAACCCAAAAGGUCCUAAUGCUAAUGUGAGUGUAAUUUCGUUGAGAUCCGGGAAGGUAACAGAACCAACCCCAGAAAAUAAAAAAAAAAAUCUUGAGGUAACACCUGGACCUUCUUCCGUUGUGAUAGAAACUGAAACCUUUGUUGUGGUAGAAACUGAAAAAGAAAAAGAGAAUGAGUAUGUGCCACCAGUUCCCUUCCCACAUAGAAUACUGAAAAAUAAAAGGACUGAUGAUGGAGACAAGGAGAGAGAGAUUUUAGAUGUGUUCAGAAAAGUGGCGGUAAACAUUAUGCUUCUUGAUGUUAUUAAGCAGGUUCCAAAGUAUGCAAAAUUUCUAAAAGACUUGUGCACAAGUAAGAAAAGGUUGAAGGGCAAUGAGAGAGUAAAUUUGGGACGAAACAUUUCAGCCCUUAUCCAGCCUAAAUAUUCACCUGAAAAAGCUACUGUUUCAUCCCUCAAUCAAGCCAUACCCCAGAAGUGCAAGGAUCCAAGAACUUUUGUUAUUCCAUGUACCAUUGGGGAUAGUAAAUUCGACAAUUACAUGCUUGAUUUGGGAGCAGGCAUUAAUGUUAUACCUACUUUUGUUUAUAAUAACCUUGAUCUUGGUCCUUUACAACAUACAGGUUUAAUCAUUCAACUAGCGAAUAAAAGUAUUGCUCGCCCUAUUGGAGUAGUGGAAGAUGUCCUUGUUCAAGUUAAUGACUUGAUUUUUCCUACAGAUUUCUACAUUCUGGACAUGUAUGGAGAAACAAAUUCAAGCAGACCGCCCAUCAUUUUAGGCAGAUUGUUCAUGAAAACGUUAUUGUUGUUGUUGGUUGUUGUUGUUAUGGUUGUCGUCGUCGUUGUUAUUAUUGUUAUUGUUAUUGUCAUGGUAUUUAGACUUAAGAAGUUGUAUGUGAUUAAGGAUCGUAAUUGA